ACAACAUGGCGACUCAGUGCUGAGGAAGCAGCCCCAGCAAACUCGGUGGAUUGACACACCGAUAGCCUGGUUUAGUUAGCAUUUCUCUCGCCUGCAUCUACGCAGGGUCAGGCCAGAGAUGCCGGCCUGAAAGAGCAGCAGUUUUAUCAAAAGAUGCAACAGCAACAACGUCUUGCUCAACAACAACACCAGAAGCAGACGGAAAGCACAAAAACCAAGAGCAUGUUUCUGUCUAGGGCGCUGGAAAAAAUCCUGUCGGAUAAGGAGGUGAAGCGGAGCCAGCACAGCCAGCUGCGUAAAGCAUGCCAAGUGGCUCUUGAUGAAAUUAAAAUCGAGCUUGAGAAGCAAAAAGAUGGCACAGUGGUCCCGCCCCGAGCAAACUACAUUGAGGCUGACAAAUAUGUGCUUCCUUUUGAGCUUGCCUGUCAAUCUAAGUCCCCACGCAUUGUCAGCACCUCGUUGGACUGCUUACAGAAGCUCAUUGCAUAUGGCCACAUCACAGGCAACGCCCCUGACAGUAGUGCUCCAGGGAAGAGGCUCAUCGACCGGCUGGUGGAGACCAUCUGUAACUGUUUCCAGGGCCCACAGACAGACGAGGGGGUGCAGCUGCAAAUCAUUAAGGCUCUCCUAACUGCAGUGACCUCCCCUCACAUUGAGAUCCACGAGGGGACUGUUCUACUGACUGUGCGUACCUGUUACAACAUCUACCUGGCCAGCCGCAACCUCAUCAACCAGACCACCGCCAAGGCCACGCUCACACAGAUGCUCAAUGUGAUCUUCACCCGCAUGGAGACACAGGCGGCUCUGGAGUCUCACGAGCAGGAGAAGGAUAGACUGUGUUUGCCCCAUCAGAACCCUUCCACUUCCCCUGGGCGGAUAUGCGGUUCUCCACGGUCAGACCGCACCCAAGACUUAAGCGGGACGCCAUCUCCUGCGGCCAGCACCCCAGACCUCCAUACCACGCCCCUGGCCCAAGACACACCCUCCAUCAAUGGCCAACCAGAGGAGUGCAAGACUGAGGAGGAUGUGGCUGUUACAGAGGAGAAAAGGGAUGAGACACCACCUCCAGUUUUUGAAGAUCCAGUUUCAGAGACCCCAACAACCGUAAAACAGCCAGUCGAGGAAGGGCAUGAGGUGGGGCAGGGGGAGAAAUCACAAGUAGGAGGGGAUGAUAAACCAGAAGUCGAUUCAAAGCCAACAGAGCAACCAACGAGUGAGGAAGUGGCUCCAGCACCUGAACCAGAGUCACAGCCCCAGACCGCACCAGAAGGGGUUCAUCUCCCUGAGCAGACAGAGGUGGUGCCCCCUAGACCCAGGACAGAUACGAACCAAAUUAAUGGCAUUAUGGAUGACCGUGGUUCAGUGUCUUCUACAGACAUCCUGGAUGCAGAGUCUAUGCAGGGUGGCCAGAACACUGCUCGUUUCUCCCACAUCCUGCAGAAAGACGCCUUCCUGGUCUUCCGCUCCCUCUGCAAGCUCUCCAUGAAGCCCCUGGCAGACGGACCCCCUGACCCAAAGUCUCAUGAGCUGCGCUCCAAAGUGGUGUCUCUGCAGCUGCUGCUGUCUGUGCUCCAGGGGGCAGGGCCCGUCUUCCGUACCCACGAGAUGUUUGUCAAUGCCAUCAAGCAGUACCUGUGUGUGGCCCUCUCCAAAAACGGGGUGUCCUCUGUGCCCGAGGUGUUUGAGCUCUCCCUCGCCAUCUUCCUCACCCUUCUCUCCCACUUUAAAGUCCACCUCAAGAUGCAGAUCGAGGUGUUUUUCAGGGAGAUUUUCCUGACCAUUCUGGAAACAUCGUCCAGCUCCUUUGAACACAAGUGGAUGGUCAUUCAGACCCUCACACGGAUAUGUGCAGAUGCUCAGUGUGUGGUGGAUAUCUACGUAAACUACGACUGUGACCUGAACGCUGCAAACAUCUUUGAGCGGCUGGUGAACGAUCUAUCUAAGAUUGCCAUGGGGAGGAGUGGCCAGGAGCUGGGGAUGACCCCUCUACAGGAGCUGAGUCUGCGUAAGAAGGGUCUGGAGUGUUUAGUGUCCAUUCUGAAAUGCAUGGUGGAGUGGAGCAGAGACAUGUACGUCAACCCCAACCUGCAGGCCAACCUCGGCCAGGAGCGGCCGUCAGAUGGUGAGGGUCCGGAGCUGAAGCUUCCUGACCACCUGGCGUCUCGUAGAGACAGCGUCAGUUCUCUGGACUCCACCAUAUCAUCUAGUGUCCAGUCCUCCCAGCCUGACCACCCAGAACAGUAUGAGGUCAUCAAACAACAGAAGGACGUCAUUGAGCACGGCAUUGAGCUUUUCAACAAAAAGCCCAAGCGAGGUGUCCAAUUCUUACAAGACCAAGGCAUGCUGGGAAACACAGCAGAGGACAUUGCCCAGUUUCUACACCAAGAGGAGCGCCUGGACACAACCCAGGUGGGGGAGUACCUGGGGGAGAAUGUGCGUUUCAACAAGGAGGUGAUGUACAGCUACGUGGACCAGCUGGACUUCUGUGGCCGGGACUUUGUCUCUGCUCUGAGGGCUUUCCUGGAGGGCUUCCGGCUCCCCGGAGAGGCCCAGAAAAUUGACAGGCUCAUGGAGAAGUUCGCUGCCCGAUAUCUGGAGUGUAACCAGGGACAGACUGAGUUUGCCAGUGCAGACACGGCCUACGUCUUGGCCUACUCCAUCAUCAUGCUCACCACCGACCUGCACAGUCCACAGGUGAAGAACAAAAUGACCAAGGAGCAGUACAUCAAAAUGAACCGUGGUAUCAACGACAGUAAGGACCUGCCUGAGGAGUACCUGUCCUCCAUAUACGAUGAGAUCGCUGGCAAGAAGAUCGCCAUGAAGGACAGGAAGGAGCACACGAUCACACCCAAGACUAGCAAGCACAGUGUAGCCACUGAGAAGCAGCGUCGUCUGCUGUAUAACGUGGAGAUGGAACAGAUGGCCAAGACAGCCAAGGCCCUGAUGGAGGCUGUGAGCCACGCCCAGGCUCCCUUCUUCAGCGCCACCCACCUGGAACACGUCCGGCCCAUGUUUAAGUUGGCGUGGACCCCUCUCCUGGCAGCCUUCAGCGUGGGGCUGCAGGACUGUGAUGACCAGGAAGUGGCCUCUCUGUGUCUGGAGGGGAUCCGCUGUGCCAUCAGGAUCACCUGUAUCUUCAGUAUGCUGUUGGAGAGGGAUGCGUAUGUCCAAGCCUUGGCUCGGUUCACCCUGCUCACAGCCAGCUCCAGCAUCACUGAGAUGAAGCAGAAGAACAUCGACACCAUCAAGACCCUUAUCACUGUGGCCCACACAGACGGAAACUACCUGGGCAACUCUUGGCACGAGAUCCUGCGGUGUAUCAGCCAGCUGGAGUUGGCCCAGCUGAUUGGCACAGGGGUGAAGACACGCUACAUCUCUGGAGUGGUCCGGGACAGUCAGGCUGGCAUCAAGGGUUUCCCAAUCGGGGGAGAGGAGUUCAUGCCCCUGGGACUGGGGACCCUGGUGGGAGGUCCAGACAGGAGGCAGAUGGCUCAUAUCCAGGAGUCCGUGGGAGAGACCAGCUCUCAGAGCGUGGUGGUGGCUGUAGACAGGAUCUUCACUGGUUCCACAAGGCUGGAUGGAAAUGCAGUUGUGGACUUUGUGCGGUGGUUGUGUGCUGUCUCCAUGGAUGAACUGGCCUCUGCUCACCAGCCGAGGAUGUUCAGUCUGCAGAAGAUAGUAGAGAUCUCCUACUACAACAUGAACCGCAUCCGCCUGCAGUGGUCACGCAUCUGGCAGGUCAUCGGAGACCACUUCAACAAGGUGGGCUGCAACCCCAACGAGGACGUGGCCAUCUUUGCCGUGGACUCUCUGAGGCAGCUGUCCAUGAAGUUCCUGGAGAAAGGAGAGCUGGCUAACUUCCGCUUCCAGAAGGACUUCCUCCGGCCAUUUGAACAUAUCGUGAAGAAGAACAGAUCUCCCACUAUCAGGGACAUGGUGAUCCGCUGUGUGGCCCAGAUGGUCAACUCCCAGGCAGCCAACAUCCGCUCCGGCUGGAAGAACAUCUUCUCUGUGUUCCACCAGGCCGCCUCGGAUCACGACGAGAACAUUGUGGAGCUGGCCUUCCAGACUACUGGCCACAUAGUCAUGAUCACGUUUCAGCAGCACUUUGCAGCAGCCAUAGACUCCUUCCAGGAUGCAGUGAAGUGUCUGUCUGAGUUUGUGUGCAACGCUGCCUUCCCUGACACCAGUAUGGAGGCCAUCAGGCUCAUACGCCACUGUGCUAAAUAUGUGGCUGAACGGCCGCAGGCUCUGCGGGAGUACACCAGUGAUGACAUGAACGUGGCCCCAGGGGACCGGGUGUGGGUGAGAGGCUGGUUCCCCAUCCUCUUUGAGCUGUCCUGCAUCAUCAACCGCUGCAAGCUAGACAUCAGGACGAGGGGUCUGACUGUGAUGUUUGAGAUUAUGAAGAGCUAUGGACACACCUUUGAAAAGCACUGGUGGCAUGACCUUUUCCGCAUUGUCUUCCGCAUCUUUGACAAUAUGAAGCUCCCUGAGCAACAGACGGAGAAGCACGAGUGGAUGACCACGACCUGUAACCACGCCCUGUACGCCAUCUGUGACGUCUUCACCCAGUUCUAUGAGCCUCUCAGUGAAGUCCUGCUGGCUGACAUCUUCACUCAGCUGCAGUGGUGUGUCAGACAAGAUAAUGAGCAGUUGGCCCGGUCAGGGACUAACUGCCUAGAGAACCUGGUCAUCCUGAAUGGGGAGAAGUUUAGCCCAGAGGUGUGGAACGUCACCUGCUGCUGUAUGCUGGACAUCUUCCAGACCACCAGCCCACACGCCCUGUUGACAUGGCGACCAGCUGGUCAGGAAGAGGAGGCUGGUGAUGGGAAACAUAUGGAUGUAGAUUUUGACACCCAAUCCCAGAGCAGCUAUGACAGAGCCCUGUCAGAGAGAGGAGGUCAGAGCCAAAUGUCCACUGCCAGCGAUGAGACCUGGAAGGGUAAACCCCAUGCCAGAGUGUCAGACCAGAAGCUGUUUGCUGGACUGCUCAUCAAGUGUGUGGUGCAGCUGGAGCUGAUCCAGACCAUUGACAACAUUGUCUUCUACCCGGCAACCAGCAAGAAGGAAGAUGCCGAAAAUAUGGCUGCUGCACAGAGGGAUACUCUGGAGGAGGCUGCAGAGGAAGGGGACCCUGGGCAGGGGGAGCAAGGCAUGUACAGACACCUCUCCUCCCAGCACCUUUUCAAGCUGCUGGACUGCCUGCUGGAGUCACACACCUUUGCCAGAGAUUUCAACUCUAACAACGAGCAGAGGACUGCACUCUGGCGGGCAGGAUUUAAGGGGAAGUCGAAGCCCAAUCUGCUAAAGCAGGAGACCAGUAGCCUGGCCUGUAGCCUGCGUAUUCUGUUCCGUAUGUACUGUGACCGGCAGCUCCAGGAUUCCUGGCCUGACAUCCAGACACGACUGCUGCUCGUGUGCAGCGAGGCCCUGGCCUACUUUAUCAGCCUAACCUCUGAGAGCCACAGAGAGGCCUGGACAAGCCUGCUCCUCCUGCUGCUCACCAGGACUCUUCGACUGACAGACAUCAAGUUCAAGCCUCAUGCCUCCUGUUACUACCCGCACCUGUGUGAGAUGAUGCAGUUUGACCUGAUCCCAGAGCUCCGCGCCGUCCUACGCCGUUUCUUCCUCCGCAUCGGCUCAGUCUUCCACAUCGCUGCUCCUGAGAUGGGCCAGCCACAGCCCCCGGCACCCUAGGAGGGUCUGGAGAUGGAAUGGGGAGGCUGGUGGGACUCUGAGGUGUAUGGGAGCUCCCCUAUCAGAAGUAAGGGAGUGUGUAGUGAUGCAAGAGAUCCAAGCAAAGAUUGUUACCCUCAGGGACAGAUGCUUUGAAAGUCAUCAGUUCCUGUUUAUCUCCUGCAAAGGAAAGGCUUGGAGUGUUGGUGAUAAGUUCCGGUGCCCUACUGACUCCCCCUAGAAGUUCUAGAGCCCCUGCUGGGAGAAAAGCACUGUGAUGGAACAGAACUCUCUACUAACUGUUUCUCAACACUGACGUUAAAUGUCAAAUGUAAUGGAAAAUGAACUACAAUUAUUUAUUGAUGCUAUUUUAUAUAUAUAUAUAUAUAUAUAUAUAUAUAUAUAUAUUACACACACACACAUACAGUGCAUUCAGAUAGUAUUCAGACCCCUUGACCUUUUCCACAUUUUGUUACAUCGUUAUUCUAAAAUGGAUUAAAUCGUUUUUCCCCCUCAUCCAUUGACACACAAUAAUACCCCAUAAUGACAUAGCGAAAAGGUUUUUAGAAAUUUUUGCAAAUGUAUUAAAAAUAUUUUUUUAAACAAUCACAUUUACAUAAGUAUUCAGACCCUUUACUCUUUACUUUGUUGAGUCUUGGGUAUGAAGCUACAAGCGUGGCAUACCUGUAUUUGGGGAGUUUCUCCCAUUUUUCUCUGCAGAUCCUCUCAAACUCAGUCAGGUUGGAUGAGGAGCGUUGCUGCACAGCUAUUUUCAGUUCUCUCCAGAGAUGUCGGCUUGGGUUCAAGUCCGGGGCUGUGGCUAGGCCACUCAAGGACAUUCAGAGACUUGUCCCGAAGCCACGCCUGCGUUGUCUUGGCUGUGUGCUAAGGGUUGUUGUCCGGUUGGAAGGGGAUAAUUUGCCCAAGUCUGAGGUCCUGAGCACUCUGGAGCAGGUUUUCAUCAAGGAUCUCUCUGGACUUUGCUCUGUUCAUCUUUCCCUCGAGCCUGACUAGUUUCCCAGGCCCUGCCUCUGAAAAACAUCUCCGCAGCAAGAUGCUGCCACCACCAUGCUUAGGGAUGGUGCCAGGUUUCCUCCAGAUGUGACAAUUGUCAUUCAGGCCAAAGAGUUAAAUCUGGGUUUCAUCAGACCAGAUAAUCUUGUUUAUCAUGGUGUGAGAGUCUUUAGGUGCCUUUUGGCAAACUCCAAACGGGCUGUCAUGUGCCUUUUACUGAGAAAUGGCUUCCGUCUGACCACUCUACCAUAAAGGCCUGAUUGGUGGACUGCUACAGAGAUGGUUAUCCUUCUGGAAGGUUCUCCCAUCUCCACAGAAGAACUCUGGAGCUCUGUCAGAGUGACCAUCGGGUUCUUGGUCACCUCCCUGACGAAGCCCCUUCUCCCCAGAUUGCUCAGGCCGGCCAGCUCUAGGAAGAGUCUUGGUGGUUCCAAACUUCUUUCAUUUAAGAAUGAUGGAGGCCAUUGUGUUCUUGGGGACCUUCAAUGUUGCAGAAAUGUUUUUGUACCCUUCCCCAGAUCUGUGCCUUGACACAAUCCUGUCUCGGAGCUCUACGGACAAUUCCUUCGACCUUAUGGCUUGGUUUUUGCUGACAUGCACUGUCAACUUUGGGACUUUAUAUAGACAGGUGUGUGCCUUUCUGAACCAUGUCCAAUCAAUUGCAUUUACCACAGGUGGACUCCAAGUUGUAGAAACUUCUCAAGGAUGAUCAAUGGAAACAGGAUGCACCUGAGCUCAAUUUUGUUUUAUUUUUUUUUAUAAAUGCAAAAAUGCCUUAACCUGUUUUCACUUUGUCAUUAUGGGGUAUUGUGUGUAGAUUGAUAUGGAACUUUAAAAAAAAAAUCCAUUAUAGAAUAAGGCUUUAAUGUAACCAAAUGUUGAAAAAGUCAAGGGGUCUGAAUACUUUCUAAAGGCACUGUGUGUGUGUGUGUAUAUAUAUCUAUUCUGUACCUGAUUUUGUUUGUCCCAUUUGUUGAUUUGAAUACUUUCUGUUUAUAAGACUGAACAAACAUGCUAAAGCAAAUAAAGAAUCAUUACUGAAUAUGCUGAAAAGUCCACUGGCAGAGAGGCUCAUUGGAAACCUGUGUCGAUAAGCAAAUGAUAAUACAGUAAAGUAUCCUCAGUGUCUCCCAUUGUGAUGCGCUUGUUGAUCUGAUCCAAAAAUAUUGUAACUGAUAGGCCUGAUACCAAGGCUCAUCCCUAUUACUGUCCCUUUUCGUUAUGUAAAAUGUCUUCUUCAUUUGAUGUUAUUGGUGGUUGGUUUUUGGCCUCCUGUGUUAUUUGUAUUGUUGUACAACCUGUAUUGGGUGUCCCACUCUGAGAUGGGCAUUGAUGGGAAUGGCUUGCUGUGUUCGGCGCUCCACGGGUUCCAGAGUGAGUCCUAAUGGAUAAGCCCUAUGGCUGCACUUUUUGGGUUGUUCCCCUGCCACCAUUCCCCAUUAAUCACAUUGUGUGAAUCACUAUGGCCUGUUUUAACAUUCCCUAUUUUACUCUUUUUUUUAUUAUUUUAUAGUGAUUAUUACAUGCCAGUUUACUUGAGGGGCUUGUUGAGGGGCUUGUUCUUUUUCAAAUGUCCUAUGUUUUCUCCCCAAACUGAGUCUUGGAGGGUUCCAAUGUUCUGAGUGCAAAAAUUAAUUAAUUGCUAUUUUCUAGAAUGAAUCUAUUGUCCUGUAAAGGUCUUCAAGGCGAUGCCCAUGAUAUAUAGCAAGGAUGAGAUUUUAUUAUCCCAUUAAACUGUUCUAUUUUUCUAUUUUCCCUGUUCUGUUUUACACCUAUUGAGUCUGUGUGAACAGAGCCCUCUCAUGUAUUAACUUUCCAGUACUUUAUCAGCCUGUCAGUGAAAAUACACCAGACAGGAGAAAGAAUGAAGCAAAACCAAACGUUACUCCUAAACAUGUCGGUGUAUAGCUAUCCACUUUACCAUUUGUAGUUUAAUACUGUCUACAUUUUUUUUUAAAGCAAGGAUGUAUGUAAUUAUUUGAAGUGCAUUUAAAUAUUUUUAAGAAGCAUUCUUCCCCCUUCCAACUAUGGAAUUCUACUUUUCCUUAAAGAAUGGGGAUCUAUAUAUAAAUAUACAGUAUAUGGGAGAAAUACAAACUGUAAAAUAAUUAUACAUAUAAGUGCUAUACAUAUUGUGAUGUAAUCUUCCAAGCAUUUGGUGAAGUAUUCAAUAAACCUUGAAUUCAGCUCUAUAGCAGCA